GUUUUAUAGGCAUGUUAUUAUUGUUCAUUCGGGUCGAGUAUUCGCCCCUUCCGGCCGGCAGCUUGCGUUGCGUGAGUAUAAUCGAGGCAAGCCUUCAACAUGGCACCUUUCACCAAUCCAGUAUUGCAGUCAUUCCUCAGUGUUGCAGUGCCCUUGGCAGUAUUGGUCUUGAUCGUUCACUCUGGGUUAUUCGACAGUAUAAAAGUGGAGAAGGGUUAUGACAAUUAUGCCGAGCCAGCAGAUUCUAAGCUCGGUCCGAUACCCUUCCCCAGCUGCAUUAAAAUGCCAGCAAAUGCCUUGGUGAAUAUUGGAUACAUGCUUGUUGCUAUCUACUGGGGAAUCUAUAUAUUUAUUUCCAAUAACCAACUGACAUCAAUUCAGAAUAUGGAUGCAUAUUUGAUGUAUGUUCUGGUGUGGAUGAUGUUUCUUUACGCUCCUGUCCAAUUUGCAAGGAUCAUUACUCAGAAGCAAGAGUGGGCCAUUCUGGAUCAGUGGGUGACAUUACCUAUAUUUGCAUGGGUGAUGGUGACAUGCAAGACAUUAUUGACUGAUUGGCAACCCAAAUUUGUGGUGCUCACAAUCUUGGCAUCCCUCAUGAGCUACAAUCUUGUGUUUACAAUGGAGCAGGGUUUUGAUAUUGCUCUACUACCCCAUAUUGUGUAUGCUGUCUCUGCCAGUUGGGACCUCUGUUCAAAAUACACACCUCCAGGCUACAGAAGGGACUUUGGUAUGGCUGUAUUGAUGUGCGCUGGCUUUGUAGUCCUGAAAGUGUGUGACUUUCAUCUUGCUCAGUUUUGGAUUUUUCAAGAGCUCACUGGUCAUUUUUGGUCAAAGAUCUGUGAUGCUCUUCAGGCCUACUUUGCUUUGCAAGUGCUCUUCAAAGUUAGUCUUAUCAGGGGGGCAAGAAAUCUAGCUAAAAAGUUGUUUUGAGAAGUAUAUGUUGACUUGUGCCAUAACAAAAUUGAAUAGACAAUUAAAGACAAAGGCAAUAAAUCCAAUAAAUAAUAUACUAUUAAAUAGUAGAUCAUGAUCCAAAAUUAUUCAGAACUAGACCAUCAUUGACAUAUGCCCUUUUAGUAUAUUUUUACUAUAUAAAAAUUAGCCUAGCUGGUUUUUUUUUUAAACUCCAUGUGCCAUGUUUUAAAAAAGGUGUUAGUUAUAGGUGAUUAUCAAAAAGGAUUAUCAAGAUUUAGGCCUUCAUGGGAUAUGAUUUGAAUGUGUGAUUGAUGUUUUUUGUGAGUGUUGUUUAUACAUUUAACAUGUGGGUUCCAUCAUUUGCACAUAGACAUAUAAAGAGAAUUCUAGAAAUAUCUUUGAUAAUGCGUUGACAAAUCAUUUGAAGAUAAUCUCAUCAUUUUUGUAGAUUCUAAAGAUAUUGUGUUAUAUAUAGAAUUGAAAAAAAAAUGUCUUGAAAAUGUAAUUCCCAUUACAUUCCUACAUUCCAAGUCAAUAAUGAAUUACAGAUUUGCAUUCCAUUUAAUCCACCACUUGCCUGAGAAUCUAUCAAAGAAUAAUGUGAUAUUGUGUACAUCAAAAUAAUAGUGUACAUGUAGUUUGGUGACACAGGAUGCAGUUGUCAUUUUGAAGUGAUAUUUAUACUGCAAUGCUCUUGUUGAUCAGUAUUUUCCCUUUAUUAUGAUGCACCUACAACCCCACUGUUCAUUCACUAUUAUAGUUAGUGAAAUGUUAUUUUAAAUUUCCAGUUCAUGAGUUGCAGCUUGCAUGUACGUGUGAUAUGUAGGUAACCCCCCCCCCCAAAAAAAAAAGGGAAAAAAAAGAUAAUAAUACUGUGCACUGCAGUGUGUUAUUGUGACAAUUAAAGUAUAUUAUGAUUAAAUAAUGAUUACUGGAAUUAUAUAGCACCUUUUGCAGAGGAUACAAACCACAUCUAUUACAAUUAUUUAUUAUUACCAUGGAUUUUAGACCAAGCUGCCAGUUCCAGCGAUUGGUGCAUUCAAGGAAUAAAUCCUACCCAUUCACUACACCUUGGUUGAGUGCUGCACAGUGUGGAUCAAUUUAUUGCUAAAGGGAAACCUGACAUAGCUGGGAUUCAAACCCAGGGCUUUAAUGUUUUAAAGGUGAUAAUUUACAAUUACAUAGCUAACAGUGUGGUUUUCAUAAAUUUGAGAUAUACCAUAUUUAACUGAUAUUGUGACUGAGAUAGGAAAUGCUUAUAUUUGAUUUUUCAGUUCCCAUACUCAGACAAAAUAAUUGGUAGGCUUAACAAAAACAUUUUGAGCAUAACAACUUGUCAGUGUUUCUGAACUUCAAUUCUGUGUCCAAAUACAAUUUGAUCCAUCAAGCCACAUAUGAGUGAUCUGAUCAUGCACUUAUGGCUUUUUUUUUUGGGUUAAAAGGUUAAUGUUUAACCAUGUUCAGAGUUAUUUUUUAAAGCAUUUUAGCUGUUUAUGCUCAUUGAAUAUUGAUAUUAGAAUUAUCUCUUUAUAGUUAUACAUAUACAACAAUUGACAGCAUUUUUGGUAGCUUCAUGUUAGUCUUAUUGGAUAAAAAAUAGAAUCUAGAUUGAUUCAGCAAUUCUGAAUUCAAGAAAGCUGAACAUUAAUUUGAGCAGUUUGAACUGACCUUAAAAAAAAUUAUUAUAUAAGUGUAAUGUAGGCCUACUGUAGUUGCAUAAUAUGAAUAUCAUACACUGUAGUUAAAUUUGUACUUCCACAGGAUGAUUUUACUUUAUCCUGGCUGAAUGUGUCUUUCUCUUCUACUUUGAAAGAAGAAUGUAUUAAUUUUAGACAUACAGGUAUUUAUUGUAUGGAUUCAGAUAUAUAUUUUGUACUUUUGUAAUAUUUUAUUAUAAAUUUCAAGAAUUUACAUGUAUAUAUGUAAAUACAAUGUCAAAAAUGUAAAUUGACCUGUAAUUUCAUUAUCUUUACUAUCUUUGCUGUGUAAGUUUUGUUUAUGUAUUUAUUGAAGUAAAGUGAGAAUUGUAGAAGAUAACACAAAUAUGAAAAUAUGAAUUAAGUCACGAUGUCAUUAUUGUAGUGUCAGUCAAAUUAUAUUCUUGCAACCAUCAAUAAUAUCAAUAGAUGGAUAGAGCUAAAUAAGGCCAAAUAAGUACUCCAAAAGGUCAAGCGCCCACAAAGUUCGAUACUUUUUUCUAUAUAUUGCUUGUGCAUAUACAUUGUAUAUGCGUACAUGAAGUACUUUACGCGUGGGUAUGGCUCCGUGUGCUGUUAAUUGUGUACUUGGACUCUUGGAAUACUUUUCCUUUGCCUCAAGGUCGUGUGCGCGGCAGCGCACAACGAGCUCCAUUCAGCUUAUUAAUAUUGAUGCUUGCAACCUACAUGUUUGGAUUACCAGAAAAGGAAGAAAGGAUAGAAACAAACAAUAAACAAAGAACAUUAAUUAAA